AUGGAGAAGAUGCGAGCGCAGCGGUUGCAGCCUGGAGUGAGCCCCAGCGGGAGGGGCACUCUUCGAGCGCUGCGGCCCGGAGUGACCGGGGCCGCGGCGGCCGCCUCCACACCCCCAGCGGGGCCCCCGCCAGCCCCUCCGCCCCCCGCACCCCCACCGCCGCCGCUGUUCUUGUCGGGGGCCCCAGGGCUGCCCCUACCCCCUGGCGCCGCCGGCAGCCCCGCGGUGCUGCGGGAGGCCGUGGAGGCCGUGGUAAGGAGCUUCGCCAAGCACACACAGGGCUAUGGCCGAGUGAAUGUGGUGGAGGCACUUCAGGAAUUCUGGCAGAUGAAGCAGUCCCGUGGGGCUGACUUGAAGAAUGGGGCUCUAGUGGUUUAUGAGAUGGUUCCCUCCAACAGCCCUCCUUAUGUCUGCUAUGUCACCCUUCCUGGGGGAAGUUGCUUUGGGAGUUUCCAGUUUUGUCCCACAAAAGCUGAGGCCCGGAGGAGUGCUGCAAAGAUUGCGCUAAUGAACUCUGUGUUUAAUGAACAUCCUUCUCGAAGAAUCACUGAUGAAUUCAUUGAGAAGAGUGUCUCUGAGGCCCUAGCAUCUUUCAAUGGCAAUAGGGAGGAAGCUGACACCCCAAAUACAGGGAUUGGUGCCUUCCGAUUCAUGUUGGAAUCCAACAAGGGCAAAUCAAUGUUGGAGUUCCAGGAACUGAUGACAGUUUUUCAACUGCUGCACUGGAAUGGCAGCCUUAAAGCGAUGAGGGAAAGGCAGUGCUCUCGGCAGGAGGUGUUGGCUCAUUAUUCGCACCGGGCCCUGGAUGAUGAUAUUCGCCACCAAAUGGCCUUGGACUGGGUGAGCCGGGAGCAGAGUGUACCUGGGGCAUUGUCUAGAGAGCUGGCCUCCACUGAGCGAGAGCUGGAUGAAGCCCGGCUGGCAGGCAAGGAGCUGCGCUUCCACAAGGAGAAGAAAGAUAUUCUCAUGCUGGCUGCUGGGCAGUUGGGCAAUAUGCAUUCUUCUAACUGCUAGGCAUCCACCUACAUACUCCCCCAUCCUCUCCAGGCCCUUUUUUGUAUGUCUCAUUUCUAAGACUUAGGAUGAUUUCUGUACAUACUUUCUCAGUUUUAUACUUUGAGAAAUAUAUAUAUGUAUAGAUUCUACACCCGGAUUUCUAUUUGCUAAGAGAUCCCUUUUCUCACUUCUAGUUUUUAGGUGUAGUUCCAUUUGAAAUGGCUGUAUUCUAUAAGAAAGAACAGGCUAUCUUUGAAGCUUUGUUGUUAAACUUCUAGAUUAACUCUAUGUAGUCAUUUCUAUAGCACAUGACUGACCAACUGUUCCAUGUCUCCUUCUUAAAAUAACAGCCUGAAUAAGGACUAUGUGCCCCUUUCUCAACCUCAUUCCUGCUUUCUCUUGGACUCAAACAGAGUAUGAGUAUGAAGCCUUUGGCUUUGGUUUAUCUUGAGCUGGACCUGCUUGGUACCCCUCCCCUCCCCACUGCUACAUUACUCCUUCUCUGCUAUUUUGUUUUAAGGCUUCCCUACCGUAUUAUUCAGAAUGA